GAUUUGAUGGUUAUACAAUUAAUUUGUCUGUCAAAACCAUAAUAAAUCACACUUUGCUCGGUUACUCGCGAGUAAACGAUCCCGAGUUUGUUGCUACUUCUUACUACAUGUUCUCCCGAGCAGACGGGUGCGGACUUACUCACACCUAGCCAGUUUGCGAGUCGGUGAUGUUUGUUACGUGUUGGUAUACACUCGUGAGCUGCUUCGUGAUGCGAACUUUUCCACCACUGCUAUUAAUACUAUGGAGUCCACCAGUCGUGUAACCUUUGAGAGGAUUCAACAAAUUUCCGGCGCUGAUGUGGCGAACUUCACCAACCUGCGCCUAAUUGGCGGUAACGAUGCAAUGCCAUUUCUGAACGGAUCAUGGGAACUGUUCCAGGAUUUGGACAACAACUGGAGCCAAUUUGUGCGCUUGUGGUACCAAUCCCCAGUGGCAACCGAUGCGACGUUCUAUCCAAUUCAGACCCCGAAUCGGUCGAUCCGGGUUUGUGACCACCUGAACAGUGAGCAUUAUCGUGCUUGGUGGAAUCGCAACCGCUAUGCUGUGAACUAUCCGGAACCGCAGCAAGGGCGUUGGAUGUGCCCAUUUCCCAAAGGGGAAUACUAUUUGCGGUGGGUUGCUUUGGAAAAAGGUGUUCUACCCUGGGUUAGCAAACCAGGGCUGUACAGGAUGGAUUUCUGUUUGGCAAACAACGGAGUAGUACGGAUGAUCCAUGCACUGUAUUUUAGAGUUCAACCAGUGAUCGGUCAAUUUCAGCACAAUAGAAAAUAAACAUAUUUUAAAUUGGGUUCGCAAAACUGGAUUUCACCCAUUGGAUACAA